GAAAUGGGAAGAGGUUGGAGAUGCGAUUGGGGAAGCAGAAGAAUAGGACAAUAGGACGCGUGACUCGUUUGCUUUACCUCGAAGGAUUCGAUUUUCAUAUUCCAAGCAAAUGAGGUGAAAGGGAAGGAGAAGGGGAGGUAGAGCGAGUAAUGAAGGGUGCAAACAGAAAUAGAAACAUGAAUGGAAGUAAAAGCGAUUCGCAGGACCUUGCAGACGACGCCGAUUAUGCAGCUUCACAGCGGCAGGUAUCAAGAAACAAAGAGAAAAGUAAAGAACAGUUAAACACCUCAUCCAACAGCCCUGGGCCUGAUGGAUCUGAGGUAGUAUAUGUGAAGGACAAUGUAUCAAUUCAUCCCACUCAGUAUGCCUUUGAACGGAUAAAUGGUCGGCUGCGUCUUAUUAAACAAGGCUCUUCACUGUUCAUGACUUGGAUUCCUUAUAAACAGAGUACAUCUGUAAGGGAUGGCAUGGCUCGUAUGUUAAACAGUAAGACUACUGAGAAAGAUAGAAACCUGUAUACUAUAAGGGCUGUGCCACUGGCAGAAGUUAAGUCUAUCCGUCGGCAUACUCCACCUCUAGGAUGGCAGUAUAUUAUUGUCGUUCUUAUAUCUGGACUUGCAUUUCCACCAUUGUAUUUUUACAAUGGGGGCGUCCGAGAGUUUCUUGCCACAUUAAAGGAGCAUGUUUUUCUCGUCAGGUCUGCUGAUGAUGCUGACAUGUUUCUUGUGAAUGACAUUCAAGAUCCACUCCAGAGAAGUCUAUCAUCAUUGGAACUAACUAGAGCUCUUCCAACUACAAACAGCAAAUCCUCAUUUCAUGUGGAAGGACCAUCUUCUGCUGUUGAGAAUACAGAAGUUGCGAUAGAUAGGAAUCACCAUAAUAAACAUUCUGGCGGCUCAAAAUUAUUUGGGGAUCAUCAUGAGCGCUUGCGAGAUCCUGCUCGUGACAUCUCAAUUCAUGUAUUGGAAAAAUUCUCACUGGUUACGAAGUUAGCCCGUGAAACUACUGCUCAUCUGUUUGGUGAAAGUCGUUACAUGGCGAACAUGGAUGGUUCAGAAGAAACUUAUUCAACUAAGCUUGACGAGCAACAUGAAAAUACAGAACCUGAGAGUUCGGCAGAAAGUGGAGCAUCAUGUUCAUUGGAUGUGUUGCAGUGUACUGAUCAUAGAAAUGGAAAAAUUGAUGGAGAAGCAGCCACUAGUGUAGGCAUCUUUGAGCUUGUGGACGGUUCACAGCAUGACCAACCGACUUUAGUGUGGGGAAAGCAUCGACAGCCUCCAUUGGGAAGUGAUGAGUGGGCGACAUUUUUGGAUUUUGAAGGACGGGUAGUUGAUCCAAAAGCUUUGAAGAAAAGGAUAUUCUAUGGCGGCAUUGAACAUAACCUACGGCAGGAGGUUUGGAAGUUCUUACUGGACUAUUAUCAGUUUGAUUCAACCUAUGCAGAGCGAGAAUAUUUGGUUUCGACAAAGAAAGAAGAGUACCAAAUUCUGAAAUCACAAUGGCAGAGUGUAUCAGUUUCACAGGCAAAGCGAUUUUCAAAAUUCAGGGAGCGUAAAAGCCGGAUUGAAAAGGAUGUGGUGAGGACUGAUCGAAGCUUGCCUUACUAUGAUGGUGAUGACAACCCAAAUCUAGAUCGUCUUAGAGACAUAUUGCUCACUUACUCAUUCUAUAAUUUCGAUCUUGGUUACUGCCAGGGGAUGAGUGAUCUACUUUCACCCAUUCUGUAUAUCAUGGAGGAUGAAUCAGAGUCAUUUUGGUGUUUUGUUGCUUUGAUGGAACGUCUUGGUGCAAAUUUUGAUCGUGAUCAAAAUGGAAUGCAUUCUCAGCUUCUGGCUCUCAGAAAGCUUGUAGAGCACUUGGAUGCUCCUUUACAUAACUACUUCAAGCAAGCUGAUUGCCUCAACUACUUCUUCUGCUUUCGAUGGAUUCUCAUACAGUUUAAAAGGGAAUUUGAGUAUGAAAAAGUAAUGCGACUCUGGGAGGUUUUAUGGACGCACUAUUUAUCAGAACACUUUCAUUUGUACAUGUGUGUUGCAAUUCUUAAGCGGCACCGGAAGAAAAUUAUUGAAGAGCAAAUGGACUUUGACACUGUCUUGAAGUUCAUCAAUGAGCUCAGUUGUCACAUUGAUCUGGAGGCAACAUUGCGGGAUGCAGAGGCACUUUGCAUCUGUGCUGGUGAUGCAGGCUCUGCAUGUAUUCCCCCUGGAACACCUCCGUCUCUGCCUGUUGUGAAUGAAACAUAUUAAAAUCUCUAUAGAGACAAACUUAGUUUGGCAAAUAUUUCUAUCAGUUAGUAAUAUCUGGUGAACAGAAUUCUGUAAAUUAUUCAAAUUAAAAGCUUUUGAUUUUUUGGGAAUCAGCAUUCAAUAUAUUGAUUGUAUCUCAACUACAAAUGUACAUAAGGUUUGUAGUUUGUAAGUUGUAACUCUAGUUAUUGAGUUCUUACGAAAUUUGUCAGUUUUUUCAUUUUCUCUACAGUGGAAAAUGUUGAUGUACUUUUCAGUCUCAUUUCAUCGGGCAUUGUCAGCCUGAAAAGAUACGACUUGUGUUCAUGGAAA